AUCCUCUGAAACUUGACACUUCCUGUUUGUACCCAGCAGCUACCCGUCUCUCAUUGAACCAGGCUGCUGUAUUCUUCUCCUCCCUGUCCUCCUCUCUGCUGUUUCAUCAUGAACACGGUCCUCUCCAGAGCCAACUCUCUGUUCGCCUUCUCCCUCAGCGUCAUGGCGGCUCUAACCUUCGGCUGCUUCGUCACCACGGCGUUCAAAGACAGGAGAGUUCCUGUGGACAUCCACGUCUCUAAAGUCAUGCUGAAGAACGUUGAUGACUUCACAGGACCCAGAGAGCGCAGUGAUCUGGGUUUCCUCACCUUUGACCUCUCAUCUGAUUUGCAGCCAAUUUUUGACUGGAACGUUAAACAGCUGUUUCUCUAUCUGUCUGCUGAGUACGCCACAAGAAGUAAUUCUCUGAACCAGGUGGUGCUAUGGGAUAAGAUCGUCCUUCGAGGUGAAAACACCAAACUGAACCUCAGAGACAUGAAGUCCAAAUACUUCUUCUUCGAUGAUGGCAACGGGCUCAGGGCCAACAAGAACAUCACUCUGACGCUCUCAUGGAACGUUGUUCCCAACGCUGGAAUCCUGCCUCUGGUGGCUGGAAGUGGACAAGUCAGCCUCCCUUUCCCAGAAUCAUAUGAGACCACCAAGAGCUAUUAGUCAGACAGAAACACACAUCCAGCCACUUUCAACCAUGGAUGUAUAAUAAGAACUGGAUACUGGACCCCAAGACGGCGCCGGUUCAGUCCAAUGGGAAUCACUCGCCUGAUGCAUAAGCAAAAAAGUUUUCUAUCUUCCUGGUUUACUUCCGGGGUACGUGGCCCACUGAGUAUGCGCAGUAGUGUUUCUCCCGCCGGCCCAGAGACUCACUUUUCUCGGCUCGAGAAAAGUUUUACAAAUAUGAAACCUCCAUGGAUCAAAAACUCAUAAUUGAAACGGUCUUAAUUGACCUUGUUUGCAGUUGGAGGUGUCCUCAACAGUUUUACAGACGUCUCUUUUACAACGGAGGUCUAUGGGGAAGAUGCUUUCUGGGCCGCAAGAGGAUUUACUGUUAUAAUACUGCAAGUGGCCACUGGGCAAAAUUGGUAGCAAGGCUGAGCUAUCCAGAUCUUAUUAUACAGCCAUGAUUUGAGCACACACUGUUCACACACACUGAUGACUCACACACACUGAACAUUUGGUGUCUUCACAGAUGUAAAUGAAUCUUUGAUUUGUAAUAAAAGUUGAGAUUGGAA